AUGACGGAUUUACCAUACAGUGUGGAAUACGCAAAGUCUUCUAGAGCAUCUUGCAAAGUUUGCAAGAACAAAAUUGAUCAAGGCAUAUUACGAAUUGCACUAAUGGUGCAGUCUCCAUUUUUUGAUGGCAAGCAACCUACCUGGCACCACUUGGAUUGUCUGUUCGCUAAAAAACCUCCUACAGCUCUAAGUGAUAUUGCAAAUUUUAACAAACUCAAACAUGAGGAUCAAGAGAAAAUCAAAAAGAAGAUAAAUGGUGAAGAAAAGGGUACAAAAAGAGGUAAAGCCAAAGCAAAUGGAGCAUCUUUGCUUUACACUAUUGAGUAUUCCAAAUCAAGUAGAGCUACAUGUCGUCAUUGUGAUAUUAAAAUUUGUAAGGACGAAAUUAGAGUUGCUAAAAUUGACUAUGACCCAAAAUUUGGAGAACAUCCAUUAUGGCAUCAUUUGAAGUGUUUUGCUGAGAAGAAAGUUGAUCUGAACUUCCUUGGAAGUGGAGAAGAAAUUCCUGGUUUUAAAACCCUUAAAAAAGAAGAUCAAAAGCUUGUGAAAGAAGAAAUUAAAAAAUCAGAUGGUGAUGAGGUGCCUAUCAAGAAAGUAAAAAAGGAGCCAAAGGAUGAGGAGGAUAUAAAAGUGGAAACAGAACUAAAAAAGCAGCUAAAAAAACAGUGUAAGCUGUAUGAUAAGUGCAGGGAAUAUUUAAGCCAGCUAACCAAAAGUGAUCUGCAUUCUCUGCUGCAAGCAAACGACCAAGACGUGUUAACUGGCCGUGAUGAGUGCUUGAAUCAUUUAGCCGACUGCAUGGCAUUUGGUGCACUAGAUCAAUGUCCCGAAUGUAAGCAAGGUCAACUAGUGCUGGACACUUUCUAUUAUAAAUGUACAGGAGACAUGAAUGCAUGGACAAAAUGCAUGUACAAAACCAAAGACCCCAAAAGGAAGAAACUGAUAGUUCCACCUGGCUAUGCAAAUAAUCCUGCAUUUCUAAAAUAUAAGCCCAAAGUUGGGACAAGGAUAUUCGAGAAUGAACCUCCGCCAUCAACUGCUGUGAUUAAAAAGGAGGAGCCCAAAGAGGAUGCGAAACCAAAACAUAUACCUCCAUUGAAAAACCUGCAAUUUUUCCUUCUCGGCAAAUUUAAAACGCCUAAAGAGGACCUCAAGCAUCGCAUUUUGAAACUGGGAGGUCUUGUGGUGUCAAAAAUUACUGAUACCCUUGCAGCUGUUGUGUCUUCGAAAUACGAGAUAGAAAAAAUGUCAUCGAAAAUGGAGGAUGUUCAAGAAAAGGAAAUAGAAGUUGUUGAAGAGUCAUUCUUUGAUUUGAUAGACCCCAAAGAAGGCACUAUCUCAACUACUCUGCGUCUAAUAAGAGAAAAUAAUAUUGCUGAUUGGGGCUCUGACCCUAGUAAGCGAAUACCGCAAGAUGUACUUGAUGGAAAGUCGAUUCAAAAAUCUGGAAGUCAAUAUGUUAAGUCGAAAUCUGGAGUAACCAAACUGAAAAUCAAAGGUGGCACUGCGGUGGAUCCUGAUUCUGGGUUAGAGGAUGAAGCUCAUGUGUACAAAGACAGUAGUGGCACAAAGUACUCUGUUGUUUUGAGCAAAACUGAUGUAGUCGAACAAAAGAAUUCUUAUUACAAGAUACAGCUAUUAGAGUCUGACAAAAAUAAAAAGUACUGGAUAUUCCGAUCAUGGGGUAGAAUCGGAACUACAAUAGGCAGCAACAAGCUUGAAAAUUGUUCGUCAUUGUCAGAUGCUAUCAACAAGUUUGAAGACCUAUACAUGGAGAGAACGCAAAAUCCCUGGGAUGCAAGACAUCACUUUAUGAAGAUGCCUGGUGCAUACUAUCCUAUAGACGUGGACUAUGGAGACGAGCCUUCCUCUGCGGCACUGAAAGUGGACACCAACUGUAAAUUGGAUGUCGCUGUACAACGCCUUAUUAUGCGCAUAUUUGACAUUAAUGUCAUGAAACAGACUCUAAUGGAAUUCGAGCUUGACACAGACAAGAUGCCACUUGGAAAGCUAUCCAAAAAGCAAAUCAAAUCCGGCUACAAUGUGCUGUCCGAAUUACUUAAGUAUCUUAAUGAGGGCAAAGCCAAUGCAAAUAAAAUUGUAGAUGCAACAAACAGGUUCUACACACUAGUUCCACAUAAUUUUGGCACCGACAAUCCUCCGUUGCUAGACAAUGUUGAGGCAAUUAAAAAUAAAACAGAGAUGUUGGAUAAUUUGCUCGAAAUAGAAAUCGCCUAUAAUUUGAUGAAAACAGACGAGGAUGAUUCUGUGACUCCAAUUGAAUCCCACUAUCUGAAGCUGAAGGCAGAAAUUGCUCCGCUCGACAAGAAGUCGCCAGAGUACGAGCUCAUUAUGGAGUAUGUGAAGACUACGCACGCGGCGACGCAUUCCACAUACACAUUGGACGUUGAAGAGGUAUUUAAAGUGGUUCGUGAAGGAGAAGACAAACGUUACAAACCGUUUAAGAAGUUACACAACAGGCGGCUGCUGUGGCAUGGAUCUCGAGUCACCAACUUUGCUGGAAUUCUCUCACAAGGUCUUCGUAUCGCUCCGCCUGAAGCACCGGUGACGGGUUACAUGUUUGGUAAAGGCAUAUAUUUUGCUGACAUGGUUUCUAAGUCGGCAAAUUACUGUUGCACCAACAAGAAUAAUCCUGUGGGUGUCAUGCUGCUAUGCGAAGUUGCACUUGGUGACAUGAAGGAGUGCACCGCGGCGGAUUACAUCACGAAGCUGCCGAGCGGCAAACACUCGACGUGGGGGGUGGGGAGGACUCAGCCGGACCCGGCGCGGGCCCGCACGUUGCCCGACGGCACGCUCGUGCCGCUGGGCCCGCCGGUGCCCGCGCACAAAGACACUACGCUGCUCUACAACGAAUUCAUUGUGUAUGAUGUGGCCCAAGUCAAGGUCAAGUAUUUGCUGCAGAUGAAGUUCAAUUACAACUUCUAA